AGCAGAGCUGUGAUGCAGACGGCGAAUCACAUGAGCAGGGAUCUGUUUACAAACCGAGAGGCUGUAGGAGAGAAGUGGAGACGAGAGAGGAGGAGAGUGAAUGUGAGAGGAAAAGACAGGAGGAGAGCCUGGAUAUGCAUGAACAUUAGCUGCGUUGUCUUCCUGUGCUGGGUUACCUCUCUGUGGUCUUUGUUUGGAGCAGAAGCCCGGGGAAGACAUGAGACGCUGCUUUCCACAGGAGCACUGAGGCUGCCUGCCUCUCUGUCGCCUCGUUGGCUGGCCCUGCUGCUGGGAAGCCCAUCCAUGUCCUUCCCUUUGUGUCUCCAUCGGGUUUUCACAGCCAGAGAAGAAGAACAAAGCGACGUGGAGAUCUAAAAAGAGAGGAGAGAGGAAAGGAAGGGAGGAGAGAAAGGAAGAGGAGGAAAAGAGGGAGAGCCUCGGGACAAUGUUUUGAAGGGGAGGCUGAACGGAAAAGCAGGGAUUACGCUUGGCCAGAGGUACACAACAGUGCUGGAUGGGAUUUGGAGGAUAUUCCCUCAUACUGUCAGUGACAUUUUUUAUCCACAAAGCUCCCAGGUUCAUAUCGAAGACUGCUGUUUUUGUCUUUCAGUGGCAAAUCCUCACUGCAGCCGGUUAUUUUGGUUAUGUCUUCUGGAGAAAAUGGGAGUCCCUAAUCAGUUCUGCUUACUCCAGACCACAAGGAUUUAAGCCACUGCACGUUCUCUCAACUAUCAGGGUUAAACUAGCCUGAACUAAAAAAGUAGUGGAUGUGCAGGUCAAAGCUUGUGGAAACCAGACUUUGUGAUGUUGGAGAGAUCAUGACCCCAAAGGUCUUUUAGGUUUACCAACCUUACAUUCGCACAUUUGAUGCAUCCAGUCCCAUGGUGUAACGGGUCUGUGUGUGACGUCGGAUUGCAGAACGGCAAGAUGACAUCUGAAGAGCUCUUCCACCUGCCGCUCAACAUCUACAUCAUCAUCCUGGGCAUCGGCCUCUUCAUCCUCAUGCUCACGCUCUUCUUCUGUUGCUACCUGUUCAGGCUCAGGAGACAAGGUGCAAGAGAACAGUUCGGCUACAAUGAGGUUGUUUUGAAAGGAGCGGGGAAGAAACUGAGCCUUCUUGGUCAAACAUGUGCCGUGUGUUUAGAGGAGUUUCGCAGCAGGGACGAGCUCGGAGUGUGCCCGUGUUCCCAUGCCUUUCACAAGAAGUGUCUGCUAAAAUGGUUAGAGAUUCGCAGUGUCUGCCCCAUGUGCAACAAGCCCAUUUGUCGCCUCCAGCCCAACCCCCCACAAGCACCUGAGCGGCCACAGAGUCUCCUGGAGGUCUGAGAGGGGAUCAUGUGUCUCAAAGCACCUGUCCACAUAGCUGACAUCUUGCCACCUGUAGUUUUAGUAAUGCAUUUCUUCAAGUCAGAGCUACUCUGGAAGUAGAACUUAUAUAAUUGUCUGAGUUAAACAGUAAGUGCAGAACCUAAAGAACCUACCUGGUAAACUAUAUGGGGGGGGGGGGGGGGGGGGAUUGUAACACUGAGACAGAGGUGGUAAUGCUAAUUCAUGAUAGGAUAGGCUAGAUACUGCAAUCUUCAGUACACAGCCAGAUGUUUAAGCUAAGUGCCUUAAAGCUGCAGAUCUUCUUAAUGAGAGACUACACCCGUCAGCAUUGGGCACAAUGAUGAGGAGUCAUGCGUGCAUGGAAUCCAGUUUACUCCUCAUUAUGGAUAAGUUAUGGAGGAAAUGGUGAAUGAGUUGUGGGCAAUUGUCCUGAAUUGUCUGGCGCCACUUAAUUGCCAAGCUAACAGCGAGACAUCCACCCUAAACUCCAGGCUUCAGAGAGCUUCUUAUUAAUUCUACUUCGACAGUCUGUUCGGUAACUAGAUUACCUUUAAAAUGGGCUUCAGUUUACUCAAUUACGUGUAAUGCAACAAAACUGUGGUCAGCUUCGCCUACUGAAGUUUGAUUGGGUUAUCUGUUGAGGAGAAACUUUGGGGAAGGAGAUAGAAAUGAUGAUACAGCAUAGAUUAACCCAACUAAAAAAAAUCUGUCUGCCUCCAGAGCAGCUCUGUUUCUGAGAAAUGUCAGUCUCAACAACAAAAAAUGACAUGCAGUGCCACAUGAAUAUGAUGUGUCUGAGUCUUUCGCCGCAAUUUAAGAGCCUGAAGUUUGGAACGAAGAAGAUGCAACCCCCGGACAUGCAGCUUUGAAUAUAUCCCGAAAAUCUUUGGGUUAUGGCGAAUGCAGAGACUCCGAUGAAAGAUGUCCAGUUGUGGGAAAGAGGACUUUUAACUAACAGGACAAUUGUAAGCUAACAGGAAACAUGACUGUGUGUAUUUAAGCUGCAAUCUUUCAUUGUCUGAGCUGAGUGAAGAUAUGUUGUCAUGUGGGAUCUGUCAGAAACUAAAGGCAACUACAUGAAGCUACAAUUAAUGGCCAACCAGUACAUUAACACACAUCUAUAUAUAUGGUUUAAGUUAUUUCUAUGAACGUGUAACAGGCUUUCAGUUAAAGGUGUUGUGCGUCAGUGAUGCUAAAGCACGUUGAAUGUCAUU